UCUAGGGCAAUGGCUUCCAAAACCCCAGUUGGAUUCAUUGGGCUGGGUAACAUGGGAAAUCCAAUGGCAAAAAACCUGUUAAAACAUGGAUAUCCAGUUAUUGCAUAUGAUGUGUUCCCAGAAGCUUGCAAAGAAUUUCAAGACUUGGGUGCUCAGGUAACAGAAUCCCCAGCAGAUGUAGCAGAAAGAGCAGACAGAAUUAUUACCAUGCUGCCUUCAAGUCCCAAUGCAAAAGAAGUUUACACAGGAGCAAAUGGAAUUCUAAAGAAAGUGAAGAAAGGCUCAUUGCUAAUAGAUUCCAGCACUAUAGACCCUGCAGUUUCAAAAGAAUUAGCCAAAGCAGUUGAAAAAAUGGGAGCCGUUUUCAUGGAUGCCCCAGUUUCUGGAGGUGUUGGAGCUGCUCGAGCUGGAAACCUUACUUUCAUGGUUGGUGGAGUGGAACAAGAAUUUGAUGCUGCCAAAGAGUUGCUGACAUGCAUGGGUUCUAACGUGGUCUACUGUGGGGCGGUUGGAACCGGACAGGCUGCAAAGAUCUGCAACAACAUGCUUUUGGCCAUUAGUAUGAUUGGAACUGCUGAAGCAAUGAAUCUUGGAAUCAGAUUAGGCCUUGACCCAAAGCUGCUGGCCAAAAUCCUAAAUAUGAGCUCAGGUCGCUGCUGGUCAAGCGACACGUACAACCCUGUUCCUGGAGUGAUGGAAGGAGUACCAUCUGCUAAUAAUUAUCAAGGUGGCUUUGGAACAACACUCAUGGCUAAGGAUCUUGGCUUGGCCCAGAUUUCUGCCACCAACACAAUGACACCAGUUCCUUUGGGAUCCCAGGCACAUCAGAUCUACAGGAUGAUGUGUGCAAAAGGCUAUGCCCUGAAAGACUUCUCAGCUGUGUUCCAGUUUUUACGUGAAGAGGAAAACUUGUGAGCUGUCCUUUGGAAAUGGACGUGAUAACAAACCACAUUUUUUUUAUCUUUAUGGCUCAUUUUAGAAGUAUGUGGGUUUAAUCAGAUACUGUGCAUCCUGAUCCUAUACAGACUAAUCAUCUUUGGUUGUCUAGAUCACAACGAACUCCAGGGUUUUUUCAUGAUUCUUGAAAAAGCAAGCCAGAGGAAGGUAUUGUUUGGCAAUAAGCCAGACAGUGAUUUAUUUUCUUCUUUUUGUUUUUGUAAAAACCAUCGAAGUUUGGGGUUUUUUUCCUCUAGAUGCAAUAAAUAAAUACUUUUUUUAUUAAACACUUAAAUAUUUGCAUACAAAAUAACUUACAUUAUGGCUAUAAACUUAGGUGAAUCUUGUAUAGUAAGAGAAUGUUACAUAGUGAUUUUAUGACAUAUAGUGAUCUAUUAAAAUUAAAGAUUAAUACUUUAUGGAAAAAGGGAAGAUUUGUUUAAUGAAGAAACAGCUUGAGAUGGAUUUUUGGAUUUUUUUAAAUUUUUUUUCCUUGGGCGUAGUAAGCCUUGAAUUGAUCAGUAGUGAAUUUUUCCUGGGAUUCAGGUUGUAGAUUAAGUUUAUAGGCACACGUUUCUAAGUGGAGAGCUGUUACAGCAUGUUUACCUGUCAGACGUAGUUAAAAUAAAAUAGAAUAUGUGUCCCUCUUGUAAAGCUCCAUUACUGUAUUUUGCUAACCCGAUUUUAUAUUUUCUUGUUUUCUGUCACACAUUUUCAGAACUCCAGAACAGCAUUUACCAGAAGUUCUGAUAAAGUGUACAUUUGUUUUGGGUAAUUAUUGAAGUAUUUUAAAUCUAAACAAACCCCAUUGUUUUGAAAAGAAAUAAAAAUCUAUACUAGUAAAUGG